AGAGUUCUGCAUCUACCUUUCAAAUUUUACUUCAUUGAGUUCUGCAUCUGCUUUGUGAUUUGUGUACAGUGAAUCGAAAAGAUGGAGGGGAAAUGCAAACCAAGCCUUUCUUGGAAGUGUACGAGAGGAGCACAGACAGAAGAGGACCUCCGUCGUCCGGCAAGCCUUAAUCAAUGGGCAUUGCCGCUAAAUCAUGGAGGGAGGAAUAUUCCCCUGAAACAGAUAACCAUCCUCUCUCAGAUCCUUAUCCUUUCAAUUUAAUGUUUCAAACAUCAAUUGGUCCAUCUGGUUCGAGCACUGGAUAUCUCCUCGCCAAGGCCUGUUGAGAGUCUGUGAGUGAGGUUGAGAACUUUGUUGGAACUUCCGAUGUUCCCAAGGGAUGAACAAAAGCCCGGCCAAUCUGCAAGAUUAAUCUCACUGGGUGAAGUAGUGGAUUCUAAGAUUGUGGAGAAUGAAACUCUUGGCUACUUCAUCGGGAGAGUAUAUAUCUUCCUCACUCGUCUGGGUAUAGACAAGAACCGUUUGAGGUUCAGGCAACACCUUGCUAAAGAAAUGACUCACUAUGCUGCUGACUGCUGGGAUGCUGAGAUUGAGACUUCCUGUGGCUGGAUUGAGUGCGUCGGUAUUGCAGAUAGAUCUGCAUAUGACUUGAAGGCUCAUUCGGGGAAAAGUCGUCUUGAGGCACAUGAACACCUUUCAGAACCAAGAGUGUAA